AUGAAGGCUGCACUUCUACAGCUGAUACCAGAAGAUGUUUUUUAUAUUGUUGAGGAUAAAAGUACGGCAAAAGAAAUGUGGGACUUUAUCAAUGAUUAUUUUCGGCCUUAUGAGCAAUCCACAAUAAAUGCCUUGCUCGAAGAUUUCUGGAAGUUUUUGAUGGAUGAAGGGACAGAUGUGGACAUAUUUGUGGAAGAACUCAGAAAACAUCAGAUAAAAAUAGCCUCUGCAGAAAGUUCAAUGCGAACGUCCGACUCUCUUAUGAAGAACAGGCUUUUAGACCAUUUUGAUGAAUAUCAAAGUGGGCAUUACAGCAUGGCUGUUACAAUGCUUCGACAUGGUACAUCCAUCACUUUUGCAGCCGCUUUUAACUCUCCAAGUGCAAGUCAAACAAAUUAUCUACGAACGCAUCCAGAUCCAGUCAUAGCAUUUGCAAGCAAAAGAGAAAAAAUUUCCGACUCAUCACCUCAUUGUCUGGCAACAAAAGUGUGCACACGCUGCAAGUGGCAGGGACAUAUCUGUGUUACAGGCUGUGCCCCAUUCGAUUAG